AUGUCUGAGCAAGCCUUCGAUAGCUAUCCUGGACUGUGUCAUGCUGUAUCUCCAUCUGAGGCAUCGCCCCUCGAACUCCUUGAUGUUUCGUACGACAUGACCUCCGAACAACAAACUCUACCUGGUCCCGUCUGUGGCAGCGUUGACACCAACAAUGAAUUCUCUGCAUUUCAAGCCAUGCUACUAGAUGCAUCGAAGGGGGUGACGGAGGGAAUGGAUGCAGAAUAUAAAUGCCUCAUGCAGCAGUGUCAGAGAUUCCUUGUGGGCAUGGGAUGGUUGCGAGGUGAUGAGUCGUUCUAUUCCAACCAACCCCAUCAUGAUGCGCCGACAUUCAUCAUUGCCUGGAUUAUGAAUGCGUAUCCCCCGUCCUCUCCUGUUUAUUAUCACUGCCUCAAAACUGAUGAAAAUGAUGUUGACUCUGGCAGGUAUGAUUCAAUUACACUGAAGGGCACGAGUAAACCGCCAUCUGAGGAACAAGGCACUUAUGGCCAUGCGCAGAAGAUGAGGGCAGCGAUGACCUAUGCCUUUGGGCGGUUACAUGGGCUCGGUGAUAUGCCCUGGCAUCAGUCAGAGGUACCGGGGAAUUCCACCAUGCUGGGGAACCCAAGUAUGUCGGUACAGGUGUCAUCUUACAUGUGUGCCUUAUGGCACUGCAAGGUCCAAGCUGGCGAAGUCACCAUCAGCGCACGUGCAAUCACAUCAGAGAUACUCUCACAACUCUAUCAUUUCAACCAUCUACCCGACAAUUGGACCAUCCAUCCAUACCAGCCUGGCACUCGUCGACCUUGUGACCCCAACCAUCAUGGUCAAGAUGACAGGUUGGCAGACUGGGGCGGUGCUCGGGCCCAUCGUCUCUUACAAGCUGCCUAUACAAUUGCGUUCAUCUGCCUUCUCUGA